CUGAGCGAGGAGCUUUUUGCAGCUGAAUUUUUGUUUCUUCUUCCAAUCAAAACAGUUCCUUGUGUGGUUGUAAUCAGUUUUUCGCAUUAUUGUGGCACAUUGCGUAGUUUUUAUUAUUCAGUGUUCCAGCUCGAUUUCGUUAGUUUCAAUAACAAUUUUGUUGUUUUAAAUACAAAUUAGGUUAUACAUUGUGGCAUCACGAUGACCGACGCAAAAGUAGCGCAUAGCUGUGAGACGGAGAAUUGCACAAAAGCGGCCACCCUCCAAUGCCCAGUGUGUCUCAAAAUGGGCAUUCAAGGAUCGUAUUUUUGCAGUCAAGACUGUUUUAAGGGAUCUUGGAAGUCGCACAAGGUGAUUCAUCUGUUAGCAAAGGGAAACAACGAUAAGAACGCCUACAAUCCGUGGCCUUAUUACACAUUUACGGGCAAGUUACGACCAUUUCCGCAAUCUGAAAUAAGAGCAGUGCCCUUAAAGAUUCCACGUCCGGAUUAUGCCGAUCACAAGGAAGGUCGAUCCAAAUCGGAAGAAGCGUUGCGUGGAAAUACCACGAUUAAAAUACUGGAUGAUGAAGAGAAGGAAGGCAUGCGGGUAGCAUGUCGGUUAGGGCGAGAAGUUUUGGAUGAAGCGGCUAGGGUUUGCGAUGUUGGUGUAACUACGGAUGAAAUCGAUCGGAUCGUACACGAAGCUUGCAUAGAACGAGAGUGCUAUCCGAGCCCUCUAAAUUAUUACAAUUUCCCGAAGUCAUGCUGUACCUCAGUGAACGAGGUUAUUUGUCAUGGAAUUCCGGACAUGCGCCCCUUGGAGGACGGCGAUAUUUGCAAUGUGGAUGUAACGGUGUAUUUCAGAGAAUUCCAUGGGGAUUUGAACGAGACAUUUUUCGUAGGCAACGUUAAGGAUCAACACAAGAAACUAGUGCAGGUCACUUAUGAGGCACUAAUGAAAGCGAUCGCCAUCGUGAAACCCGGUGAACGAUACCGUGAAAUCGGCAACGUUAUUCAAAAGCAUGUUCAUGCCCAUGGUUAUAGCGUUGUUAAGAGUUAUUGCGGCCACGGAAUCCAUCGAUUAUUCCAUACUGCACCGAAUGUACCCCAUUAUGCCAAAAACAAUGCGGUUGGAGUUAUGAAGCCAGGCCACUGCUUUACUAUCGAACCGAUGAUAUCGGAAGGCACGUGGCGCGAUGUUUCAUGGCCGGACGAUUGGACAGCUGUUACUGCCGACGGACUGUUCUCUGCCCAGUUCGAACAAACAUUGUUGGUUACCGAAACGGGAUGCGAUAUACUCACAAAACGAAGGAACGCCGACGGAUUACCGCAUUUCAUGGAUAAGUUGUAACUUGUUUUAUUGGCAGUCCAAAAAAUAAUUGGAGAAAUUGCGUCGUACUUUUCAUAGUUUAUUUUUUUAGUAGUUUCUUUUCGUUCUACAGAUAAAUAAUAGAAUCAAUAUUUUCAUCGUGUUUAGCUGCACAACAUCCGCAGCGAAUAAAACUCUUUUCAACUGUUUUGUUUGAAACAUUGUUUUGUAAUGUACAAAAUGUUUGUAAAACUAAUAAACCAGAAUUGUUGAUAGCUUUCUCACGUUCUCUUA